GUGAAGGUCAGUUGACACUCGUUAUGCUCAGUAUGCUUAUUGUAAUGCUUUAUGCAAUUUUUAUUUCAAAUCCAAAACCAAAGUUGAAAAUCACAAAAUUUAUGACUGGGAGCCGAACGAGUCUAGUAUAGAGAUAAACAAAACAACCGGAACAAAUAUUCAGAUAUAUCUGGAAGAGCCAUAGCUCUUAACCAGCCUUUUGUAGUAGAUAAUUUGUAUAAAAGGGAGUAAUUGUAUUAGAGUGGACAGAUUUCAUGUUUUUGACAAAUGUAACAAAAUCCAACAAGUUAAUCUGCCUAUAAACGACGAUAACUCGUCUGUAUGGAUAUAUGGAGACUAUGCCUUUAACAAUGGAUGAGUUGCUGGGAUCUGUUUCGCGUGUUCGACAAAGUCGGAAAUGGGCUAUUCUUCUUUAUUCUGGAGGUAAAUUCGCUGGUGGCAUUUUUGAUGGAACAAACGAGAUUGUUCAUAAAACUUUGCGCAACUAUACAGUACGCGCUAAACAAGGUGGUGGUCAAUCAUCUUAUGAUUCACAAUGUGGUGGUCUUGGCGGAGUGAAAUCAGCUGGUGCUAAUCUUCGACGUCAUGGUGAAGCAACUAUUCGUAAUGAAAUAAGUGAUCUUUUACAUAACAAAUGGCGUGUUCUGUUACAAUCUUGCCAGCUGAUAUUUUUGUGGUCUCCCAAAGUACAUCGAAGUAUAUUUUUUAAUCCACCUGUAUCAUCCUCAUCUGUGCCAUCUAAUCAUAAAUUUACCGGUGAUAAUUUGAAUGAAUCAACUGACUAUUCUUCGAUUAAUUCCAGUUAUCGAAUUUCCUCACCUCUUGUCCCAGAUUCAUUAGCUUCAAAAGCUUGUGACUGUCGACUUGGAAUGACAAUAGAUGAUCCAAGAUUACGCAGAAUACCUUGUCGUAGUAAACAUAUCACAUAUUUACACGUAAAAGAAUUACACAAAGAAUUGUCAACUUUUGAUGUUUAUGAUCCUGAUGCUAAUCUGGAGUUUCUCAGUAAAUCAGGUCGAAAUCAAUGGCGCAAAUUAUCUGAAAGCGGUGAUGAAACUUUGUUAGAAACUAAAAGUGGUCGAUUAAUUUACGGUCCACUUAGCCUACUGGAAACUAGUCCUAAAAAGAAUUUAUUGUCAUCAAGUUCAGAUAAUUCUGAUUUGUCAGAUUGUGUCAGUUCACAAGACGAUACUGAUGAUGAUAGCAAUGAUGAUCGAGUGGAGCAGAUUAUGAACUCAGAAGAUAAUAUUAGGAAAACCACAGAAACUGUCAGGAAGACGAAACCAAACAGUCAAUCUUCAUUGCUUUCGACUUCCAACGAUUCUGAAAGUAAUGAUGUCAAAGCAGUGACUGAUAAUUUCGAAGAUUUAUAUUUCACCUAUCAAAGUUGGCAUAGACGUUUACGUGUAGCAAUUGCUUCUGGAGAUUUGGUUAUUUUACGAUCUUUAUUACCAAUGGAUAUUUCCAAUAUAACUCAAAGCGAUAAUUUAAAUGAAUUGGAGGAAACAGUUCAUAAUUCAACUGCUCCUUUGAAUACUACUACCACUACUGCUGCUACUACGGCUAAUCUGCUGACCACUACUAAUACAUCCCCUAUUGAGUGUACUUCACCUGGAUCAUCAACUGUACCACCAUAUCGUGUUUGUUUAAAAUUAAUUAAUCAUCCAUUAACUGAUGGACGAAGACUUUUACAUGUAGCUGUAGAAUUUCAAAGUGAUCCUGAACUAAUUCGUUUAUUACUUGAAUGUGGAUGUGAUCCAGCAUUUAGUGAUGGGGAUGGUAUAACACCUUAUCAAUUAGCUACACGAUUGCAUAAAAAAUCAAUAGCUAAUGUGUUUCGACGUUUCCGAUUUCAUCAUCCGAAUCGUUAUGAUUAUGAAAAAGCUAAAAUACCUGCUCCAUUGGAUCCAUCAAAAGAGGCUGCCAAACUUGAACGUGAUCGUGAACGCACAAAACGACAAAAACAACGACAAAAAGAAAAACGUACUGCAGAACGUGCAGCUAUUGAACAACAAAAGAAAGAUGCUGAAGAACAAGCACGUUUUUUAGCCUUAUCCGAUCGCGAAAAAGUGAAUAUUGUUUAUACUUGAUAAUGAUAGUAAUAAUUUGAAAUGUAAAUUAUCGGAUGAUAACUUAGUGAUUUAAAGACUAAGUGCUCU